CUAUUAAUUUAACUCUCUCCCUCUCGCUUUUCUGUCCUUCAACUCCACUUCUUAAAUAGACUUCUCUGUUACUGUUUCCCUCUGUUUUGUUUUCUUCUGCCAGGUUACUGACGACUCGAAGUUACUGUUAUAGAAACGUGUGCUUUUCUUUUUUUAUAACUCCAUUCAAGCCCUGUACGGAAGAAACAUAGGGAAUGACUUUUGAAUUUUGUGAUGCAUUCUUUAUGUUUUUGUUGACUCUACAAGAGAAGAGAAACUAAAGAGAAGGAGAUCUUGAUGGUUUUUGAAGCCAUGGCUGUUCAAAUUUUGGCCUUUGCAUUAAAAGGAUGAAUGUGGAGAUACUCAUUCAAACUUGGUUCUUCCGGUUGUUAAUGGAUUUGCAUCGAGUUCUGGUCUUUAAAUGAAUGGUCAAUUUUCUUGUGGGCUUUAUUUUGCUCCCAAGGCAAGGAAGCCAUACACAAUUACCAAGCAAAGAGAAAGGUGGACCGAAGAAGAGCAUAAGAAAUUUCUUGAAGCUCUGAAGCUGUAUGGUCGGGCUUGGCGGAAGAUAGAAGAACACAUUGGCUCAAAGACUGCAGUUCAGAUUCGAAGCCAUGCUCAGAAAUUCUUCUCUAAGGUUGUUCGUGAGUCAAGUGGCAGCAACACAAGCCCACUGGAACCCAUUGAAAUUCCUCCUCCUCGACCGAAAAGAAAACCCAUGCAUCCUUAUCCUCGUAAAGUGGCCAACAAACUUGCUAAAGAAAGCUCCGAUUCCGAGAUGCCUAGAAGGUCUUUAUCUCCAAAUAUAUCUGUUUUAGAACAGGAAAACCAAUCUCCUACAUCAGUAAUAUCUGCAGUUGGUUCAGACACCUUUGGUUUCUCCAAAUCAAAUACACCUAAUGACAGCUCAUCACCAGUUUCAUUUACUGACCCUUCCCCCAUUGGUCCAUUAACACUUUCCCACCCAAAUUCUUCACCUGAAGAAAAUGGAAAGCAACCUGUCCUAAUUGGUGGUUCAUUUCCAGAUAAGCAGUCACCUAAGGAUGCUACAAAACUUGAGUUGUUUCCCCAAGGAUCUGCAAAAGAAGCACCUACCCGGAGCGUUAAGCUGUUCGGUAGAAUUGUAUUGGUCACCGAAUCCCACAGACUGAAUUCUCCCACUUUGAGGACUCCUAAACCAUUGCCUUCAGGCAUCAAUGAAGGAAGACCUUUGCAAUUAUUGCCGUUGUCAUCUGGGAAUACUAAUUGUGGUUGGAGUCAUUUUUCAGAUACAGCACCUGAGGGUCUCUGUUACAUGCAAUUCCCAGAUAGAAAUUUAAAUCAGGUGGAAGGUUCAGCUGCUUCUUCCCUGAAAUUGUGGACUUCAUAUCGGAAUCUACCCUUUCCAUACUAUAAGCAGGAGACAGUGAAGAUACAUUUAGAUUCUAAUCUCCAAGAUAUCCAGGAUAAAGAAUUUCAGAAGGAAGGAUCUUGGACUGGCUCAAACUCAAAAUCAGUAAAUGAGGAAGACAAUUUUGAUAAACAUUCAGAGGGCGAAACUCAGAGUUGCCAAAUCUCUUUUGAUAAGGAGGAAAAGGAGCUAGAUGUAAUUUUUGAGCUUAAACCGAGUGAGAAAUCAGCCUUCAACUCAAUAAAAGCAAUCCCUGAGAAGAGUAUGAAAGGGUUUUUGCCCUAUAAGAAAGGUGUGGUAGAAAGAGAUGCUCCAUCGUCAGCAAUAACAGGAGAGAAGGUCGAGCAAAGAAUUUGCCUUCAUCUCCAGUGAUGGCUUUCUUUAGAAGCAGAUGGGUGUUUCAUAACCGGUUGAAGAACUGAGUCAGGAGGCAGGUGCAGUUGAUGACUGGUAGCGGGUUUAGCCACAUAACGAAAAACCAUAACCGUCUCUGCUUCAUUGCAACUCACAUCUAGGUCAAGUUUUUCACCCCAACUGUUGAAUUCCAUAGUCUGCCCUCUUCUUGUAUGUAAUAUAUUUCCCUUCUAGCAGCACUUUUAUUCUUCUAAAUUCUUUUUCUUCUUUCAACUGUGAAUUCCUUGGCCACUAAUUUUGCCGUAUCCUUUGUAUAAUAUCCAGGACUAGUUUCUUAUUGAUGAGUUGAUUGAUAAUUACGUUGGAAAUA